CGGCGAGGGCGGACGGGCGAGCGACAGGCAGAGAGAGAGGAGGGUGUGAAGAAGACGAUAAGAGCCCAGGUUUGUCAGACCGGGUCAGAACCGCUGAGCUUUCUUUACUCAAUGAUGAAGAUUUUUGAUCCCAGUUGUCGCAGCAGGAUUACCUGAGCGUCUGGAGCGGCGCGGAAAAAACCGGAUCGGACCUUUUCCGACUUAUCAGCUCUUCAGUGAAGGACAGCCAUCAUGAGCGGACAGGGCGAGGGGCAUCGGGGGUCCAGGAUGCCCCAGAACGUCAAGCCUAAACCGGGCCAGCCGGCUCCGACCCAGAAGGACCGGCCCCAGAAGGCGCGCCGCUCCCGCAGCAGCGACUCAGAGCGAGGGAGGAGGCGGGAGCGUCACCACAGUGACCGGCACCGGCGGGGCCGCAGCGAGGAGACCCGGCACCGGCGGGACGGGAAGGACGCGGAGCGGCGGGACACGUCCCCCAUGGACCUUCUGGGGGACACGGAGUGCGCCGUGUGCUUCAGUUCCUACGACAACGUCUUCAAGACGCCCAAGCUGCUGGCCUGCGGUCACACCUUCUGCCUGGAGUGCCUGGCGCGCAUCAACGUCACGUCGCCGGAGAUCAAGACGCUGUCGUGCCCCGUGUGCCGCGUCCUGACCGAGCUGCCCCGCGGCCGCGACCUGCCCCGCCUGGGCAACAACCAGGACGUCAUCGGCCGCCUGCCGGCCGAAAUGCGCCGCGCGCUGUCCAUCCGCUUCCAGCGCAGCAAAGGCCGGCUGCUGCUGAAGCACCCGCCCCCCGCCGCCAAGUCCGCCGCCAUCAGCCUGCCCGUCAAGAAGCACCAGGUCCCGCCGGCGGCCGUCCAGGGCGGCGAACUGGCCGCCGCCGAGGAGGGCGGCGCCCCGCCCACCAUGGUGGACGUGGGCAGACCGCCGAGCAGGAUGAGGGGACGCAUGCGGCUGCUGUUCCACUCCGACCGCUGCUACUACGCCGUGGUGGCGUCCAUCAUCACCAUCACGCUGAUGAUGGUGGGCAUCCUGGCCUUCAUCAUCGUCCCCAGAGUGACAAUGAACACUGGACCCGGCAGACCCGGCGGGAACUUUACCGGCUCCUCCUCACAGGAGAGCAGCGAGAACUUUGGACCGAACUCACCCUGAGGGGGCGGGGCCUGAGCGGCAGGGCCUGAGGGGUGGGGCCUGAGGGGCAGGGCCUGAGGGGCGGGGCCUGAGGGGUGGGGCCUGAGGGGCGCUGAGGUUUUACUCCGGGUGUGAAACGGUGAAGGAAGGAUUGAGGAAGAACAAGAUGGAGGUGUUUUUCCCAGCUGAGCAUGAAGAACUUUGACCCCAGAGGGGUCAGGAAGGAUCGCGCUGAGUUUUCACUCCAGGUAUGAAGCGGUGAAGGAAUGAGGAAGAGCAAGAUGGCGGCGUUUCUCCAGGCUGACUGUGAAGGAUACGGGGUUCCAUCGGUGACGAUUCAGUGAAAAUGAACAGCAAUAAUUUAUUAUUUAACCAUCAUAAGAGAAAAAAUGAAAAUGAAUAUUUCAGUCAUCGAUUCAUCAUAUUUCUAUGCUCAUUGUUUAUUUGCCAAAUUAAAUAUUUAACUUCAAACUAAAAAUGUUUCCCCAAGCUAAAUAUUUAAUCAGUAACCUAAAUAAUUAGCUGGUUAAAUAUCUGCUUUGAACCUGUGACAUUUACAAAUGAAUGAAUGUAAAACUGUAACUGUAAACCGUUUCCUGGAUAAUUACUGGUUUGUUUUUGACUUCCGACUGACAGAAUCUGACUGUGAACCAGUCGGGGGGAGAAUCGUCUCCAGACCACGAAAAGCACUAAACCUUCUGAAACUUAUUUAUACCCUGAACUCUAAACAGAAACGAUGAGCAGAUAUUCACAGAACCGUGACACCUGACACCCUCCUGUGCUGAAAGCACUUCAGCUGAGAGCGGGCCCAGUUCAGGCCCAGGUCGGGCCCAGUUCAGGCCCAGUUCAGGCCCAGGUCGGGCCCAGGUGGACCAGCCGGUUCCGCCGCAUGCCGACCCGCUGCUUG